UGGCAGUGAAUGUGUUGACUUUACCAAGGAUGCUGGCGGCGUUUCCAUCUGCAUAUAAAUUGUUACAUACUUCAUGUAAAUUAUUUUUCAAGUUUUUUUUUAUAGACACGUCAGGAUUGUUUACUUUCAAUGCUAAAAGACGGGGUGACGUGUAUGCGCCCGCGCCGCCCCCCACCUCAGUAAUAAACUAGCUUCGCUAUAUACCGGUCGUUGGUCAUUUCGCUCCCCAAGUACUUCCCACUGGCGACGAACGGACGUUACCUUGCGCGUGUGUGUGGUUAUUAUUUAAAAAAUCUGUUUUUAAAUCAUGUCAAAUCUCCUCGGAAGUUUAACCGCGUUUGACCACAAUUCCCAGGAAUGGGAGAUUUUUAAAAGCAGAUUAGUGCAAUAUAUUAAGUUAAAUGCGGUAACGGCGGACAAUGAGUGUGCUUUACUUUUAACUCAUUUAAGUGACGAGACAUACCGACUGGUAAGGAACUUAGUGCAUCCGAAGAAAGUCGAGGAUUCUAAGUUCGAGGAGCUAGUAGCGGUGUUAGAUAAACAAUUAGCACCAAAACGUUGUAUUUUCGUCGAACGGGCGAAAUUUUACGAGGCGACGCGUGACGUUGCAGAAAACAUCGAACAAUGGGCGGCUCGAAUAAGUGGACUUGCUGUACGCUGCGAGUUUGGAGCCCCCUUGGAUGAGCUGCUUAGGGACAGAUUCGUGCUGGGGCUGAGCGUAGGCCCAGAGCGCGACCGGCUGUUCGAGCAGGAUGCUGCCACGUUAACGUUCGCGAAGGCCGUGGAAGUGGCCCAGAAGGCGGCGUAUGCUAGGAGCGCACGUACUACGUCUGUUCCUGCUGCCGUCGUGCAAGUCAAGCAGGAGCCGGUGUACCGGGUGGGUACAAGUCGCCCUGGUACCGGGGGGUCCUCCGACUCUCGACGCUGCUCCGUCUGCGGGCUUAAGAGCCACGACGCAAGUAAAUGUAAAUACAAGAACUACCGCUGCCAGGGAUGUGGACAAAAGGGGCAUCUAAAAAAGGUGUGCAACGCUGAGAAGGCGAAACAGUGUCGUGUUAACUGCAUUCAAGCUGACCUUGAGGGAUCAGCUGAGGCUUCUCAGAGUGCUGAAGGUUGCAAGGAGUGCGAGCUAUUUAAUUUAAGGUACGUUAAUUAUGCACCAAUAUUAUUGGAUGUAGAUCUUAACGGUAAAAAGUUAACAAUGGAACUUGAUUGCGGUUCAGGCGCGAGUGUGAUAAGUGACAAAUUAUAUUAUAAAACGUUUUCGGACACUAAAUUAAAAAAAUGCGAUUUAAAAAUGUGUUUCUACAAUGGUCAUCAAGUCACGCCACUGGGCUAUUUCACUACAAAAAUAACAUAUUUUAAACAAACGCAUGACAUAGAUAUUUAUGUUAUGGAGAAUGGUAGUCGUUUAGGUCUAUUGGGCCGUGAUUUUAUGACCAAGUUUAACAUGUAUUUUGCGAUUGACAAACAAAGAAUUAAUUUUGUUAGUUCGGAAUCGUUUCAAAGUGAAUUACCGCGGUUGCUAAGCGAAUAUUCGAGCCUUUUUAGUGAAGACUUAGGUAAAUUUAAUACAUUUCAAGUAGAAUUGAGAUUAAAAGAAAAUGUUACGCCUAAAUUCUUUAAGCCUCGUACGGUUCCUUUUGCUAUUAAAAAUAGGGUAGAGGAAGAAAUUGACAGGCUCGUUGGUUUAGGAAUAUUGGUACCGGUAACAUUUUCUAAAUAUGCGACACCUAUAGUGCCGGUUUUAAAGGAUAACGGCAAAAUAAAGAUAGCGGGUGAUUUUUCCGUAACGCUCAAUAAAGAUAUGAUAAUAGAUAAGUAUCCUAUGCCCCGUAUCGAAGAGGUGUUCGCGCGGCUCGGUGGCGGUAACCGUUAUACGAAACUCGACCUUAGUAACGCAUAUAAUCAAUUUGUUUUAUCAGACGAUUCACAAGAGCUCACUACUAUAAAUACAACAAAAGGGUUGUAUAAGUAUACGAGGCUCGUGUAUGGACUAGCCAACGCGCCGGCUAUUUUCCAACGCGCAAUGGAGACACUCCUAGUAGUGUAA